CCUCCUCCUCUUCCGCCAACGGCAUUCCGAAGGAGGGGGUCGCGAGCCUCCUGGCUCCGUCGCUAUGGCAACCGCCGCGCUGUAAACCGUCGCCGCUUUGCCUCAGGGCCGCCGCCGGUUCGUCAUGGCAGAGCUGGGUCUGAAUGAGCAACACCAGAAUGAAGUUAUCAACUACAUGCGAUUUGCACGCUCCAAGCGUGCCCAGCGUCUUAAGACAGUAGACUCUUGUUUUCAGGACCUGAAGGACAGCAGGCUGGUGGAAGACACAUUUACUAUUGAUGAAGUGACAGAUAUACUGGAUGGCUUGCAGACUGUGGUACACAGUGAAGUGGAAUCAGAACUUAUUAACACAGCCUAUACCAAUGUUUUACUUCUGCGCCAGAUUUUUUUCCAAGCAGAGAAGUGGUAUCUUAAACUGCAGACUGACAUUUCUGAGCUGGAAAAUAGAGACUUACUAGAGCAAGUUGCAGAGUUUGAAAAGUCAGAAUUUACAUCUUCAAAUAAGAAGCCUAAUCCAGAGUUGGUGAAGCCUAAACUUACUCCAUUGCAUGAAGGAGCAUCAGAAUUAUUGAACAAGGAAAUAGCAAGACUCCAAGAAGAAAAUGAAAAAUUGAAGACUAGAUUAAAGACCAUAGAAGGGCAUGCUACAAGUGCACUGGAUGAAAAAUCAAAGUUAGAGAAGGCUCUACGUGAGCUACAAAUUGCCCAGGGAGAUCAAAAGUUUAACCCAACUCAGGAUAUUAGUGAAUUAGAAAAUUCUAUGGCUGAUCUGAAGUGCAAGCUUGAAAAGACUUUGCAAGACAGUACUGCAAGCCAAAAAUCAUUGGAAGAGAAUUUGGUAACAACAAAGCAUGACCUUCUUAAGGUUCAGGACCAGUUGGCUAUGGCUGAAAAGGAAUUGGAAAAGAAGUUCCAACAAACAACUGCCUACCGUAAUAUGAAAGAGAUUCUCUCCAAGAAGAAUGAACAGAUAAAGGAAUUAAGAAAGAAGCUUUCAAAAUACGAACCAGAUGAUUAAGGUCUGAAGAGCAUUUGCUGUGUUAAACUGCCACAAAAAGAUAAUGCAUAGGAUUUUAAAAAUAUGAAAUCUAUAUUGGGAUUUAUGCUUUCUAAUGAGUUUAUUGUUUUCUUUUCUGAAAAAAAAGUUUAUUGAUAGGAAGCCAUAAUAGAAUUGAGAGCAAAGAAAAGGCAUAGUCUUAUUUCUGUACUUCAUGUCUUUUGAAUAGCUAUCUUGUGGAUUGCCUGGAAAACUACAAACAUGGAGGUAUUAAUUCUUGUGAAGUAGAAAGAUAUUUUUUUUCAUACCUAUAAGGUACAGACCCAAAGAGUUAAAUUCCUGCAAUUUACAUGCUUCUCAAACAUGGCCUAUCUUUUAAAAUUGUACUAGGAGCAGUGAUUCUCUAAGUAACUUGUUGAUUCAUACCUGCUAUUUGUUUUAAAUUGAUUAGUUCAGUAGCUUCAAAAAGAACUUCUGCACUGAAAAGGGGGGGAAACAAUCUGUUUCUUAUGUGUAGGAAGUGGAAAAACUGAUGCUCAAAUGUUAACUGGUUAACUAGUAAAAAUAUAUUUAUUGUCUUACACAUGUAAUUGAACUUAUGCUGUUUUAAAUUUCGUUAUUAUUUCACAAAUGUAAGGAAUCCCAUCUCCAGUACACCUUCCAUUCAUUUCACUGAUGGUUUGCACAGAAACUCUGGGCACUCCACACUGAAAUCAAUUUUUUUAUAUGCAGCAAACAGCCUUUCUGGAAUCUGUCCAUAUAUCCCAGGAAAAAAAUAUUACAUUCUAAAGGUGAAUGUUCAAUACUAGAACAGAAAGUAGAGGGUUUUUUUCCAAAUCUGCUAAGUUGGCAACAGACUAGAUGAAACUAUUGUUACUUUUUGGAGUGACAGGUCAACCAGUCUUCAUCAUGCAUGUAUUCCAGCCUUUUGGGUUCUGUGUAUUUGCCAACCAUAUAUUGCUAUAUAUUUUGUCUUUAUUAUAUAUGUUAUUAAAUUCCUAAUUUAAUUAAAUUCCUAAAUAAGGUCAAUGAAAUUUCUUGCCUCAAAAAACCUGUUUUUUGUUUGUUUGUUUUUCAGCAAAUACAAAAGGACAAGUUUAUUUGUCUGCUAGGGGUUAGGCAUUUUUAUAUGUAAUCUCUCAGCAAUUUACAUCUCUUGACCUUAUUCUCUCUUUUAAAAAACAAACAACCAGUGGAUAGCUUGAGUGAGAUCUCAUACUGUACUGACUUAUAUGGAAAUUCUGCUCAUAUAAAUCAAACACACGUAUGCAUAUUUGCAUAGUUCACCUUUUACUAAAUUCAGAAUAUUUUGAUCAAGGCUGUAUAGCAGAAGUAGAGCAACUUUUUCAGCCUGAGAGCUGCAUUCCUGCAUACACAAACUUCUGGAGGUCACAUGGUGGCUCAGAAGCAAAAAUGGAUGGGUCAAUGGAUGUGGCUUGCCUUUGUACAGUAGGGGACAUUAUUACUUACCCCAUCCCUUUUUUGCUCCAUCUCUGGGUAGGAAAACAAAACAGAAUGCAAGAGAAGGAAUGUGAACUAAUAAUUCGACAGAGGAACUCUCUGACCAAGCUCUGUUUCAUAGUAACAGGCUUUGCAGCAUCAUUAUGUGGAUUAUUCUUUAUGGGCAUGGUAAAUAUUGGUUCUUUUAUUUGCUUCAGGGCACUAUAAUAUGAAUAAACAUUUCAUUAUAGAGCAUAAAUGACUGCUGAAUAAUUACAGCAAGACUGACAUUUGAGUGCAUUUUUUAAAAAUACCAAGUUUUCUUUUACCAAAUACAGCCUGUGCUAAAGAGCUACAGACACAAUAUCCAAUAUCACUGGACUAGCACAAUAAAUCUUAAAUUGCAAUGGUUGGUUUUUUCUAUUAUGAAAUGUAGUUUUAACUCUGGAUUCUUCACAUACCCUCUCUAUACAUUAAGUUAACAAAUCAACAUUCUAUUUAAUUGACAGGAGGGACUGAAAAGAACUUUCUUGAGACCUAUUCUGUAUGUGUUAGGUCUGAAUAUUUCUUUCCUCUCUCAGAGAAAGCAAACCUUUGGCUCUAGCCCCAUGAAUUUCCCCUUUAAAAUCUUUAAAGCCUUUUCUAAGACGUGUGACAGGUUCUAGUGGCAGAGCCUAUAACUUACAUAGUGUGUAUUUUAACAUAUACUUUACCAAUACUUUACCAUAGUGUGUAUUUGUGUCUUUCAUACCUGCUGCUUCAAGAUUGCUUUUAGAUAUAAAUUACAGAAACCGCUCAAAAUUGAAUGAUUCCUUCCCUCAUAGGCCAGCAUAUACUAGCAUUAACCCCACACUGAUUUUUAUAAAAUAGAUUUCCUGGCUGUACCUCAAAUAAAAAUUCUAAUAGGAUGCAUUUACAGUAAUAGGAGGUUGUGGAAAAAAACUUCUUUCAAGGUGCUUUUGUUGUUAUGAAAUGAAGCAUGUUUUCUGUCAGUCAAAAAUUAAGCUGUUUCACAUUGCCAUGACAGAAUAAACAGCUUGCAUAGCAGGGAAGCAGCUGAAUUCAGUAGCUGGUCACUAAUUGACUUGGAAGUGGUUCAAAAUGGUAAUACUUUAACUGUUUGGUAUGUUUCAUAUGUUUUGACGGCAUUUGUCUAAAAAUUAGUGUAAACCAAUAUACUUAAAAACAUACCCAUUUUCUUUGGUGUGUCAUAAAGAAAAAACAAGGGUCAUACAGUCCUUAUUGAAAUAACUCUCAUGACAUUUGGGGGGGAAAUGGUAGAUUGCUGGAUGUGGGGUAUAAUUUAGAUGGGAGGAAAUAGCCCCAACACAGCAGCCUCAAUCAUAGCUGCCAAGUUUUCCCUUUUCUCGCGAGGAAACCUAUUCAGCAAAAGGGAAUUUCCCUUAAAAAAAGGGAGAACUUGGCAGCUAUGGCCUCAAUCCCAAUCUCAAACGCACUGUCUGGCUGCUCAGAUUUCCCAACAUCUUGUCUCAUCUGGCCUUCAAAAGAACUACUAACAGCAAAUAAGAAUAACAGAACAAGUAACUAUAUUUUGUUGCCUGUUUUAAGGCAAGCUACUUUCUGUGUUCCUGGUUGAAUUCGUGAGGACCUCUGGUUUGGGACUAAUGCACCUUACAUGACUAACAAUGCAAUCCCUAACCGUAUCUACUCAGAGGCAAGUCUUGCUCCCAGGUCAGUGGGGUUAGGAUUGCAGCCUUAGUCUAAGGGUGCUUCUAUAUGUGGACUUCAUUUGUAACUGGGUCCGAAUUUAUUGGAUGACCUACUUGACAUUCCCUAGAUUAAAUGUGUUGGGCAGCAGGGAAUACCAGCUGACAUUCUGAUGUAAAGUAAUAUUGUGUGGAUCCUGGGGGCGGGACCCUGCAUGCAUAAAUGGUACUAAACAUCCACCUGGAAGUACCCCUAAUCUGAAGUUGCAGCAAUGAUACUUGGUGCUACCUUUUAGACUCUUACAUAAAAACUGAGAAUUUUUGUUAAUUUAAUGCCACAGUCUAAAUUAAAAUAUAAAAUAUUGUGAAAGUGGGUCAAAGACUGAAUUAUUUCAGUCGGUCUUUUCCCUAUGAUCAUCUUCAUUACUGUGCUUAGUGCACAUUUAUCAUGUCAUAAAUUGGUUAUUGGGAAGAUGAGCCAAGCUAUGUUACAUGUAUGAACACAUAGGUGUUUUAAUAAAGUGUAUGCUCCGUACCUUGUUUAUUUUAUCCUAUCAGAUCUGUUCAGCUCACUCAUUCUUUCCAUGAUACUCCUCCCAAACUCAUCAUCUAAUUAAUACUGCAAUCCUCUACAACCUUCCCUGGACAUGCCCAUAGUGCAUGGUGAUAUUCGCAGCCAAGGAAAAUGUUAAAUUCAAAUUAUUAUCCAGUGCUUUAUCUGAUGUUCCAUUCAGGCAGAAGUCUGGCUAUGAGCAAGUAGGCUUGCACUCUACUUAUCUUUCAGAUUGCCAAUCAUUUAUUAACUUGUCAUAAGAAGCUGAUGUUUGACAGAAUUGCCAUUACGUAUUUUUACCAGGUAGGUCAAUCACUGAUCAGUUAGAUACCAAGAGGAGUCAACAGCAAGGCUUCAUAAUCCUCCUU